AUGGGAGUACCUAAACUCUGGGAUUUAGUACAAGAAUGUGGAGAAAAGGUUGAUUUGGAGAGUUUACAAGACAAGGUGCUAGCGAUUGAUGCAUCGAUUUGGAUUCAUACCUUUUUGUCGUCGCUAAAGGAUGGUAGAGGUGACAUUACACCAAAUGCACAUCUAGUUGGUUUCUUUUGGAGAAUAUUGAAACUACUAACAUUCAAGGUUAGACCUAUCUUUGUAUUUGAUGGUUCUGUACCUUUUUUAAAACAAAAAACUAUUGAUGAAAGAAGAAAAAGAAGAGAAAAGACACAAAAUGCAAUUGAAAAGAAUGCAAGAAGAGUAUUAUUGAUUAAAACAUUGAAAUCACAAUUGGAAGGUUUAGAUAAAAAGGAAUUACUUGGUGAUUUAACAAUCAAUAGUGUCGAUCAAGAUCUCAUAGAUGAUGAUUUUGAAUUUGAUUUUGAAGAUGAUGAUUUGGAAAUCAUUAAUGAUAAAGAUCAAAUUGAUGAACCACCAAAAGAUAAAGACGACGAUGAAGACGGUGUUGAUGAUAGUCAACAAGUGCAAGAUGAAGAAGAGGAACAAGAUGAAAUAUUAAUAGAAGAACAACAUCAAAUUUUAAAUAGUAUUAUGAGUAAUAAUAGAAAGAAUAAUAAUAAUAAUAAUAAUAAUAAUAAUAAUAAUAAUGAACCAAUUGAUAUUGAUAGCAUUGAUAGUAGUAUUAGUAGUGAUAAAAUAGAUGAGUCAAGUAUUAAAAAAUAUUUAGAAAUUACAAAUUUACAACAACAAUUUACAACUCGAUCAAUUGAUGGUAAAUCAUUUAAUGAAUUACCAAAAGAUAUUCAAUUAGAGAUACUAGCACAAUUAAAAGUGGAAAAGCAAGCAAAUGAUAAAUUAAAGGUUAUCAAUUCAGUUAAAAAGAAUCCAAAUGAUUUUUCAACCAUUCAAUUGGGUAGUUUAUUGGAAAAAGGAAAAAUAACAAGAAGGAUGUAUAGUAUUUAUGAUUCAAUGCAAGAUGAUGUUAAAACAACUUCAAAUGAUGGUAGUUUAUUUAUUUAUCAUAAAAAUAAUACACCUGUAUCAACUCCAACCAAAUCGGUGGCGGUGGUUGGUACACCAAGUUCAUUCACCGAUAAAGUAUUAUUAUCACAACAAAAACAACAUGAUAAUUCAUUCACUACACCUACGACACCUUCAUCAUUUCAAAAAAAGAAAAGAAAAUCUACAAGCGAUACGACACCUUACAAGGUUGAAAAUGCACAUUUUGGUACUCCAUCAAAAUCACCUCAUUUCAAUAGUUUGGAAACUCUUAUUACAAGAAAGGCACUUUCAUCUGCAACUCCAACAAAACAGAAAAAUACACCAAUAACGACACAAUUAGAUAAUCAAACAGUUAUGGGUGGUAUUUCAAUUAGAUCAAGUUUUGAUACAAAUAAUAAUAAUAAUUUAUUAAAUUCUUUUAUAAAAGAAAAGGAAAAGGAAAAGGAUAUAGAUCUUGAUGAUAUACUUCCUCCAGUUGAUAUUGAUCAAUUUGAAGUUGAGAAUGAUGAAGAACAAGAUGAAGAGGAAGAUUUAGAUUUGGAUUUUGGUAAUAAUAAUAAUAUGGUUCAUAAUUAUGAUUUAGAUGAUGAUGAUAAUCAGCCAACCACGACAACCAAUACAACAAAAACCACUUCUACUUCAACUACAACAACAACAAAUACACCAAUUUUUAAAAUUAAUCGAUUUAAAAUUGAUGAUGAUGAUGAUGAAAAUGGACCACCAAUAGAUAUAGAUAAAAAAGUAAAAAAAGUUAAAGAGGAUAAAGUAGUAAUAGUAGAAGAAGAAGAAAAAGUAAUGCAAGUAGUUAAAAUAAUUGAAAAACCAAAAGAAAUUCAAUUUAUGGAAUGCCCAUUAUGUUUUAAAAUGAUUAAAGAAAAUGAAUUGGAAGGUCAUGUAUUUGCAGAGUUGGAACAACAACAACAACAACAACAACAACAACAACAACAACAACAACAACAACAACAACAACAACAACGACAACAACAACAACAACAAACUAUUAAUAAUGAAUCACCAAAAAAGAAUAAUAACAAAAUUCAACAAUCAAAAUUUGAUGAUUUAGAUAUUUUUGAACAAGAUAUUGAAAUUGAAAUUGAAAAGGAAAAAGUACAAGAAAUAGAAGAAAUUGAAGAAAUUGAAGAAAUAGAAGAAAUAGAAAAAGAGAAAGAGAAAAUAGAUAUUAUCGAUCCACUUCCCUCUUCAUUAAAAACAUUUCAAUUUACAUCAAAAGAAAGAGAAAGAAUGGAGGAGGAAUUAGGAUUAGAACAAAUUAGUGUAGAACAAAAAAUAUCAAAUCAAAUUAGAAGUGUACAUUCAAUUACCAAUGAUAUUUUAAAGGAAUGUCAUGAAUUGUUGUCAAUGUUUGGUAUACCAUUUAUAACUAGUCCAACCGAAGCUGAAUCACAAUGUGCCGAACUUUAUAAUCUUGGAUUUGUGGAUGGAGUGGUGACUGACGAUUCAGAUAUUCUACUAUUUGCUAGUCAGCCCGAUAUGGCAGUCUAUCGAAAUCUAUUUCAACACGAUCCACAAAAAUACCAACCCAAAGAAAUUAAAAGAUUGAUGGGACUCGAACGACAAGAUUUAAUUUCAUUGGCAUUGCUUUUAGGGUGUGAUUACACACCAGGUGUUCAUGGAAUUGGUAUAGUCAAUGCAAUGGAGAUUUUGGCAGAGUUUGAAAACCUACAAGAUUUUAAAAAGUAUAUCUCUGGACUAGACGGUAGCAAGCCAACCGAUCAUCCAAACUUUAUGUCUCUCCUUAAAAAGAAUCUUGUACUUGCUAGCACAUUCCCAUCGGAUCAAGUGGUUCAAGCAUUUAUCAAUCCCGAGGUCAAUAGUUCAAAGGAACCGUUCACUUGGACACACCCAGACAUCGAAUCGUUGCGUUGUCUCACCAUUGAAAAGUUUGGUUGGUCCAAUGAAAGAAUCGACUUUGUCCUAAACCCCAUCCUCAGAGUAUUGAAUAGCCAAGAAAGCAGUAAAACAGCCACUGCCAACAGUUGGAAUUCUCGUUUCUUCAUCCCUCUCAAUCAGCAACCACAAAGAGAUGGUCGUAAACAAAGACAAUUAAAACCAAAGUUUAAAAGUAAACGACUUGGCAUUGCAAUCGAUAAAAUUAAAAAGGAAAAAAAGAAAUUAGAAAGGAAAUUAGAAAAACAAUUAGAAAAACAAUUAGAAAAAGAAAUGGAAAAUGAAAUGGAUAAUACAACAUCAACAACAUCAACAACAUCAACACCAGUUGUAGAAAGAAAAAAAAAAUCUAAAAAAAAAUAA